ACGCACGUGGCAUCUGCCAUCUAUCUUGACGGGAUCUGUAUGACAAGAAUCCACAGCAGCAUGCCUCAUCUCCGCCGAAGGCUAUCAGGCCAAGCCUGUACCUAAAGAAGAUGUGCUCACUGUAGGUGUCAUUGGUGAUUUUGGCUGGACUGGAUGGGAGCCUGCCCCCGUGAACUUCUGUAAUAAUGUGAUGCCGCGCCUGAUCGCGAACAACAUCACCAUUCCUCGCGAGAUCCAGAAUGACUGUGAUGCUGGAGACCGCGGUAACAUCAAAAAUGCCACUGCGGACCAGAUGGCCACUGCGUCUUACAUUGAGAAGGUUUGCGCCAAGAAGGACUGUGACGCAUUUGUGUCCGUCGGCGACAACUUCUACUCCAGCGCCAUUGAUUUUUCCACCAACGGCAUCAUUCGCUUUGAGGAGGCAUGGUCUAACAUGUACACCGGUAAAAUCUUCAACAACACCCCGUGGUACCAGUGCUUGGGCAACCACGACGUUGUCAAGGGCACAAGCGGUGUGGAAUUCCAGACCAAGAUCGCUCCUCUGUAUGAUAGCAGGUGGUAUUUUGGUACUGAGAACCUUCCCUACUACACCUACGAUUUGUCUGGCAAGGACUGGAAAGCCACAUUCGCGGUUGUGGACUCCGACUGCUUCAUUGAGAACUACCAGAAGAGCAAUUCAGUCUACCAGAAUGACUAUACCAAGGCCUGCUACGAAACUAAGCAGGAACAGGUUGACUUUGUCGAGGAGGCGUUCUCUAAGUCUGACGCCCAAUGGAAGUUCCUGCAAAUUCACCAUGGUUAUGUUUCGUCUAGCUCAAACUACACCGAGCUUGCUCCCUUCGUUGAGAUCGUGAGCAAGUACAAUGGCAUCGUUGUUAACGGCCACGACCACUGCCUCGCCCACUACUAUGCCAACAACACGAACUUCAUUCUGACUGGCGGUGCUGGCUAUCCUGAAGCAGGAGACUGCAACAAUGGUGUCAAGCUAGGACCUUUCGUCAAGUAUCUUGGAGCCAACGAGCAGGCAGCUGCUAACGGAUUUGUCACCAUGGACAUCAGCAAGAAGUCCGUCAACGUUGAGUACUACACUCGCGACAUGACCUAUGAAGGUGGUAACUUGUUUCCUGUCAAGAACGACUUGGAACCCGCCUACUCCUUCACCAUCGAGGCCAAAAAGAACUAAGCUGAUCUAGCUGCAUGUUCCGGCCCAACCGUGAACUUAGCUGGCUCAUGAACUAGCCGGCCCGACCACAAACCAAUCUAUAUGGCAUUGACUACCAUGUCUGCCCGUGCUUGUUUCCGAUGAGGGCCUCUCAACUAAAGCUAUCUCUAUAUAAGUAGCUAGACCUGAUAAAUAGCUACAGUUAUAGCCAUCGUUAUAACAGUG